AUGGAGACGUCCGAGCUUCUGGGACCGGGGCUGGUGGAGCGUCUGGAGCAGCUGGCGACGUGCCCGCUGUGCGGGGGCCCCUUCGAGGACCCGGUGCUCCUGGCGUGUGAGCACAGCUUCUGCCGCGCGUGUCUGGCCCGCCGCUGGGGGACCCCGCCGGCGACAGGCCCCGAGACGCCCCCCACCGCCUGUCCGUGCUGCGGCCUGCCGUGCCCCCGCCGCAGCCUGAGGUCUAACGUGCGGCUGGCGGUGGAGGUGCGCAUCAGCCGCGGGCUGCGGGAGAAGCUGGCCGAGCCCGGGGCGCGCGCGGGGAAACGCCGAGGCGGGCGCAUCCCUACCAUGGGCUGCUUGGACCCGCAGGGAGAGGAUAUGAAGAUGACAUGGAGAAGGUUUGAUGCCCCAACACCCAAGGCAUCUAAUGCAGAGGACGAGCUCCCUGAAGAUUACCCAGUAGUAAAAAACAUGCUUCACAGGCUGACGGCCGACCUGACCUUGGAUCCUGGCACGGCACACCGCCGCCUGCUAGUCUCUGAGGACCGCCGCAGCGUCCGACUGGCCCCACCGGGGACACCGGCGCCCCCCGACGGCCCGGCGCGCUUCGAUCAGCUUCCGGCGGUGCUGGGCGCCCAAGGCUUCGCGGCUGGCCGCCACUGCUGGGAGGUGGAGACCGCGGACGCCGCCUCCCGCGGAGACUCUUCCGGAGAGGAUGAGGACGACGGGGAGAGCCUCUACGCCCUGGGCGCGGCAGGGGAGUCGGUGCGACGCAAGGGCCGAGUAGGGCUGUGCCCCGCUGGGGCCGUGUGGGCCGUGGAGGGCCGCGGCGGCCGGCUGUGGGCGCUCACCGCCCCGGAGCCCAUCCCGCUGGGCGGCGCCAGGCCCCCGCCGCGGCGCAUUCGCGUGGACUUGGACUGGGAGCGGGGCCGCGUGGCCUUCUACGACGGCCGCUCCCUCGACUUGCUCUUCGCCUUCCAAGCGCCGGGUCCCCUCGGGGAGCGCGUCUUCCCGCUGCUGUGCACCCGCGACGCCCGCGCCCAGCUCCGCAUCGUGCCCGCGGAAGGCUGA